AUGCUUGAACUACCUCCAGCUCCAAGGUGUCAGACAGAGGACUGUACUAUUGCUUUGACUAGAGAAUUCAAAAAUAUGAAACCAUCAUUGUUUCAUGGUGGAAUUGAGCCACUGAAGGCCGAAACUUGGGUUUUAAGGAUUGGGAAGUUGUUUGAAGUGUUCCCAUAUGCCGAAGCUCAGAAAGUACAACUAGCUGCAUUUACAUUCGAAGAUGAUGCCAGGCGUUGGUGGAUGUUGGUUCGAGAUGAGAAUAAGGAUAUUACUUGUGCUCGCUUUCUAGAAAUCUUUUACGAGAAAUACUUCCCACAAUGUGUACGGGUCAGAAAAGUGCCUGAAUUUAUGGAACUCAAGCAAGGAAACAAAUCAGUUACUGAAUAUGAGGCUCAGUUUACAGAGUUAGCUCGCUUUGCACCCCACAUGGUGGAUACGGACUACAAGAAAGCUAGCCAAUUUGAGGGAGGUUUGCGUGACCUAAUCCUAGAGAGAGUCAAUGUACUUAAAUUACCAACAUAUGUGGAUGUGCUUGAUAAGGCACUAAUAGUAGAGGGAAAUGUGGCCAACCGUAAACAGAAUUUUGAAUGGAAAGGCAGGAGACAGAAUUUUAAUAAGGGGACAACAUCAACAAAUAAGAAGUUGAAGUCUGGGAAUUCCAGUAAUUCGGGGUCAACCCAAAGUGGAGACUUGUGGCCCAAUUGGCCACACUUAAACAAGUGA